AUGGCAAGAGGAAAACGAGUGAGUCCAGAAAUUAAUUCAUUUUCCCCAAAAUUAUUUUUUUUUCAGAAUUCGAAAACAAAAAAAGUCAAAACAACAAUUCAAAUUGCUUUGGAGGGAACAUGUGAAGUUGUGAGAAAGUAGGUAAAUCAUCUUUUAAGAAACUUCAAAUAAAUUAAGUUUUUUUGCAGUGUUUCAAUGCGAAUGUUCAAAAGUUCUGCUCAUCAUCAUCGUUCAGCAAUGGUUCGAAAAUGUGAUGCACAAGUAUUUCGAAAUCGAAGCAAUUCCUGUCCAGAGCGAUUCAAUCAUUUGGCAAGAUUGGAAUAUAUCAAGUGCCCACUUUUUCGCGCAAGAUCUGUUGAAAGAUUCAAAAUUGAUCAAUUUGGAUAUAAGAAGAAUGACCCAAGAACAGUUUUUUCUUAUGACAAAAUCAUCCCGGCAUUGAAAAAAAGCAAAAAAAGUUGAAAUAUGAUGCUGAAUUGGCGUAUAAUCAAAAAGUUAUUGUUGCUGAUGAUUGGAAAUGUGAUGGUUGUUGUCCGCCGAAUUUUCAUUCACCUUUCAAAAAUCAGGUGCAACGAAACAAGUUUCAAAAAAUGUUGAUAAAAACAUUUGAUAAAAAUAUGUCGAAAUUCCACAAUAUGAUAAUGAAAGAAGACGGCUAUGAUUCUGAACAGGAAAUUUCUGCUAAUUUCAAAAUAUCUGCACCGAAAAAAUUGGCACAACUUGUUAUGGAAUCGAUACCAUCUCUUCCAAAAAAUACAAAAAUCAUUGCCACAUGA